AAACCCAAGUGCUGGAUUUCCAGUGAGAGUUUUCCAGGGGGCACAUGAAUACACUUUUUCACUAGCAAGAAGAAAACCAGUUCAUAAGAGUUUUGCAGUAAAAUUUGGGACGUGGGUAAUCACUGAGCAAUGGAAGCAAAAGAGACUCUGAAAAACUUCAAAGUUGGGUCUCUGCCCACCGUAAUGUACAUUCCGGACUUCAUCACCGAGACGGAACAAACCAUGCUCCUAAGUAAUGUUUAUGGCGCCUCUAUGUCAAAGUGGAAGUCUUUGAAGAAUAGGAGGCUGCAAAAUUGGGGUGGUGUUGUCCAUGAAAAGGGUCUUCUGCCACAAGAUCUGCCUCCCUGGCUAACAAAGAUUACAGAAAAGAUAUAUGAAGAAUCAGGGCUGUUCCCCUCAGCGAUUAAUCAUGUGCUUAUCAAUGAAUACCUUCCUAACCAAGGCAUAAUGCCACACCAGGAUGGGCCUGCUUACUUUCCGGUUGUAGCAAUUCUGUCACUAGGAUCAUCUGUUGUCAUGGACUUCACUCCCCAUUCAAGAUUGAGCCUCUGCACAAAUGAUGUUAAGGAUGAUAAUUCUAAUGGAGCAACUUCUGACAUUGAGAAAGAUGAAUGCCUAGAUGAUCACCACCCUUUUUCUGUCCUAUUGAUGCCUCGCAGUUUACUGAUAUUCAAGGAUGAGGCAUAUUCAGAUUACUUGCACGGAAUAAAAGAUAGUGAAGUACAACAAUAUACUGGGGCUGUAAAUGAAUUUGAAGCUGUGAAACAUUCUAUAGAAGAUCAGCCACAAUUAGGCGCCGAGGGAGGUGUUGAAAUUAUCAGAACUCGAGAUCUUCGGACCAUCCAUAGAACUACCACCAGAAUCUCAUUGACAUGUCGAUUAGUAUUGAAGGUUCACAAAAAAUUGUUCAAAUUUUAGAUAACUUUUUAAAAACAUAAAUAGGUCCGCCCAUCUAAUUCAAAGUGAAAGUGCAACCUAGAUGUUUUCCUUCUGUAAGAGCUAUAUAUACAAUGAUCUGGUUUGGAAAGGUUGCAGGCAUUUCACGGAGUAAAUUACAGUAUGUAUAUUUUGAUCUCGUUGUUGAAAUUACAGCAGUGUUUGUGAAAGCCAUUUUCUACAGUUACUAUCUUGUCCCAUGUA